UAUUUCAAAAUGAAAGUCUUACUUUUCUACUCGCUGAGCUUGCUCGGUCUAGCGAGAGCUGCCUUGGUAACUACCCAGCAUGGGCAAUUGCAAGGGUUUAGGUUUAGCGGCCCCGACGAUCCUCCGGUCUACGCCUAUCUGGGAAUACCCUACGGCGUAGCACCAAUAGGUGACCUCAGGUUUCAGGAAACUCAAAUAUUGGACAAAUGGGAUGGAGUUUUGAACGCUACAACCGAAGGCAGCUACUGCAUUAGUACCGAUUUUUUCAGUCAACAGGACAAGCAGAGCGAAGACUGUCUGUUUCUUAAUAUAUACAGCCCGUCCGAGAACCUUUCGGCGAACUAUCCCGUGAUGGCUUACAUCCACGGGGGUAAUUACAUCAACGGUAACGCAGGCCCGGCCUUCUUCGACCCGAGCCCCAUAGUAGCCGACGACGUGAUAGUCGCCAUUUUUCAAUACCGCGUGGGUCCGUACGGAUUUCUCUCCACCAAGGAUCUCGUGAUACCGGGCAACGCGGGCCUGAAAGACCAAGUCCUCGCCCUGCGUUGGAUCAAGGAGAACAUCGCAGCGUUCGGAGGCGACCCGGAGAAAAUCACCCUUUUCGGGGAGAGCGCAGGGGGGAGCUCCGCCGGGCUCCACGUCCUCAGUAAAAAAUCAACUGGGUUGUUCAGGGCAGUAAUGGCCCAAAGCGGGUCCGCACUCACGCCGUUCUCGAUACACAGACAUCCGAGAGAGUUCGCUUACCGGCUAGCUAACCAGAUUGACAGCAGUAUAUCCGAGGACACUCACAAUAGUUCCCAACUCGCCGCCUUCCUGGGGAACCAGUCCCCGGGUGACAUCAUAAACGCUUCUCUGGCGCUGACCUCGCUCUUCGAAAAACAAGACAUUACCCUGAAACCGACGAUAGAGGUGGAACAUGACGGGGCUUUCUUGUCCGAGAAUCCCUACGAUCUGCUGAUCAGCGGAGAUUUCUACCAAGUACCAUACUUCUCGGGAAUCACUUCAGAGGAGUCGCUGUUUUUCUUGGGCACUUUGGACAGUAUCAAGGCCGAAGCGGACAGGCUGGACAACGAGGAGGGAUACAUCUACCCCUACGAUUUCGAGCCUAGAAACGCGUCGGAUGAAAACGAAAUAGUGGAUUUUAUACGCGGAAUGUACCUCAACGGCAGCUCCAAUUUCAGCGACGAGUUGUACUCGGUAAUCAAGUAUAAAAGCGACGACCUGAUCAGCCGGGGCGUAAUCAAACAUGCGGAGUUGGCGUCUGCAUUCGUGGACGUGUACUUCUAUCAGUUCUCGUACAACGGAAACCUCAGCAGGACCCACGUCGACCUACCUGGUGCUGAAGGAAAAGCCGUACACAGCGACGAACUCGGUUACCUGUUCAACCGGCAAUUUUUCAGCGAUCGUAUCCCGACCGAAACCGACCUGCUGGUAAAAAGCAGGAUGGUCAGGCUAUGGACCAACUUUGCUAAAUUCCUAAACCCCACUCCCGAAGACGACGAAUUGCUGCAGAACUUGAGGUGGCCGACGGCGCAACCAGGCGACCUGCAGUACCUCAACAUCAACGCGACGUUGGAAGUUGACUCGAAUCCCAAAGGCGACACGUAUCCCCAGUGGAAUUUCGUCUAUGACAGCUGGAACACGAGAGCAGCCCUGGUCACAACCCAACACGGUCAAUUGCAAGGGUUUAGGUUUAGCGGCCCCGACGAUCCUCUCGUCUACGCCUAUUUGGGGAUACCCUAUGGAGUGCCACCAAUUGGGGAACUCAGGUUCCAGGAGACUCAAAUAUUGGAUAAAUGGGAGGGAGUUUUGAACGCCACAACGGAAGGCAAGUACUGCAUAGGCGACGAUUACGCCAGGCAGCCAGAAAAGCAGGGCGAAGACUGCCUGUUUCUAAACGUAUACAGCCCUUCCGAAAACAUCUCGGGUAACUACCCCAUCAUGGCUUACAUUCAUGGCGGCAGAUACGUCAACGGCAACGCGGGACCAGCAGCCUUCGACCCGAGCCCCAUGGUGGCGGAAGGUGUGAUCGUCGCCAUUUUCCAAUACCGCAUGGGUCCUUACGGAUUUCUGUCCACCAAAGACCUCGUAGUACCGGGCAAUGCGGGCCUGAAGGACCAAGUCCUCGCCCUUCGUUGGAUCAAGGACAACAUCGCCGCGUUUGGUGGUGAUCCGGAACAAAUCACCAUUUUCGGGGAGAGUGCGGGGGGAAGCGCCUGCGGACUCCACGUGGUCAGCAAAAAAUCUGCCGGUUUGUUCAGGGCUGCGAUAUGUCAAAGCGCGUCAGCGCUUACGCCAUUUUCGAUACACAGGCACCCGAAGGAGUACGCUUAUCAGCUGGCAAAUCUGAUCGAUGAGAGCGUAUCGGAGGAGAAUCACGACAGCUCCCAACUGGCAGAGUUCCUGGGAGAUCAGUCGCCCGCCACCAUCAUAAACGCCUCUCUGGUACUGAACAAGAUCCUGGAAAAGGAAGACAACUACCUAGCGCCGACGAUAGAGGUGGAACACGACAGUGCUUUCUUGUAUCAGAGUCCCUACGAACUCCUGAGCAAUGGCGACUUCAAUCGGGUACCGUACCUCGCGGGACACACAUCGGAAGAAUCAUUGUUUUUCAUGUUCACUUUCGAUAUCAUCAGGGCGGAAGCGAAAAAGCUGGACAACGAGACGGGGUACAUUUACCCUUACGACUUUGAGCCCAGAAACAAGUCGGACGAGGCAGAAAUCAUCCAAUAUAUUCGCGACAUGUACCUAAACGAUAGUUCCAGCUUUAGCGAUGACUUGUACGCGGUGAUCAAGGGCGCCAGGUCCCAGACUUUUUGCAGCUACAUUUCUACCGUAUUCUCAUGCUCAAUACGUGGACGUGUACUUCUAUAUCAGUUUUCCUACAACGGAAACCCCAGUCGAUCGCAUCUGAAUAUACCUGGUGCUGAAGGACAAGCGGAGCACAGUGACGAACUGGGUUACCUAUUCAAUCGCCAAUUCUUGAGCGCACGAAUCCCUACCGACAACGACCUGCUUGUAAAAAGCAGGAUGGUCAGGCUAUGGACGAAUUUUGCGAAAUUUCUAGACCCGACCCCAGAAGAUGACGACCUUCUCCAGAACUUGAAGUGGCCCAAAGCACAAGCGGGGGACCUGCUGUACCUCAACAUCAACGCGACAUUGGAAGUUGACUCGAAUCCCAAAGGAGAAACGUAUUCCAAGUGGAACACCGUGUAUAACAACUGGAACACGUUACCUCUUACGACUUUCUAA